UUAGUUUCGUGAAUUACAUUCAGUUGACACUUGGCAGUCAUGGAGGGAGGUGUUGUUGACAAUGUUAUUCUGCUUGCUGACUCGUACAAGAGUUCUCACCACUGUCUUUACCCUCCUGGUACCACAUCAGUGUACUCGUAUUUUGAGUCACGUGGAGGCAGGUUUCCUUACACUGUUUUCUUUGGUCUACAAUACAUUCUUAAACGAUGGCUGCAAGGUCCAGUAUUAACAAAGGAAAAUAUUCAGGAAGCUAAAGAACUCUUUGCUGCUCACUUCAAAAAUGACAAUGUAUUCAAUGAAGAGGGCUGGAACUACAUCCUUGAACGACAUGGUGGAAGGCUACCAAUACGUGUGUGUGCUGUACCCGAGGGAACAGUCGUCCCCACAAAAAAUGUUCUCUUUACUGUUGAAAGCACGGACCCAAUGGUACCUUGGGUCACUAACUUCUUCGAGACACUAUUGGUUCAAGUAUGGUACCCCACGACAGUUGCAACAAAUUCUCGGAUUCAAAAGCAAAUAAUUCAUCGGUACCUGGAGGAUACACAUGACAACUUGGAUCCCCUUCCAUUUGCACUGCAUGAUUUUGGAUACCGAGGAGCAUCAUCUGUAGAAAGUGCUGCCAUUGGUGGGGCAUCCCAUCUAGUAAACUUUAAGGGAUCAGACACUGUUGCUGCGCUGUCUUUAUUACGCAAGUACUACAAUUCGCCUAUUGCGGCUUUCUCCAUCCCAGCAUCUGAACAUUCCACAAUCACCACCUGGGGGCGGGGCGGCGAGGCGAAUGCUUUUCGGAACAUAAUGGAGUCUUACCCAGAUGGCGUGGUAGCUUGUGUGAGUGACUCGUACGACAUCUGGAACUGCUGCGAAAAGAUCUGGGGAGAGGAACUGAGAGACCUGGUGAUCAAGAGAGGCAAGAGCGGAGGAGCCUUGUGUAUCCGGCCAGACAGUGGUGACCCCGCAAGUGUGGUACUCAAGUGUUUAAAAAUUCUUGGCAAGGCAUAUGGAACAAUUGAAAAUUCCAAAGGCUUUAAACUUCUUCCUCCAUAUGUGAGAGUGAUUCAAGGUGAUGGUAUAUCAUACAGAACUAUAGGAGCCAUUUUGGAGAAUUUAAAGAUACACGGGUGGUCUGCUGCAAAUGUUGUCUUCGGCAGUGGUGGAGCUCUAAUCCAGAAGGUUGAUCGUGACACCCAAAAAUGUGCCUACAAGUGCAGUUAUGCCAUAAUUAAUGGUGAAGGAGUGGAAGUGUACAAGGAGCCGAUCACUGACCUCGGUAAGACGAGCAAGAAAGGGAAGCUGGCGCUACACCAGGUGAAUGGAACGUACAAGACUCUUGAAGGUGGAAGAGGUGACCCAAAAAUGGCAUCGUGCGUCUGCGAGGUGAUUCAGGAGUUCAUCACUAAGGAACCAUACUACUGCCCAUAUCUAAAACAGAGAAGGCCUCAUUGUGUUCCACCCUUGAAACUGUCCCCUUGCCCGUCUUUCUGUGAGGUGCAAACUCAGAGAGACGAUUUAAUUUAUUCAGAUUUGUCCUGUCCUUAUGUAUCUAAAUGUCCCUCCGCAUUAUAUAAACCUAACUCCAAAGAAAAUAAAAAGCUCAUACAGGGGAGCAAGAGGAGGUUGCAAAACGCACCAUUUGUGUCAUCCUUAUCGAGUCAGUCACCCUCGUGUACCUUGCAUUGUAAUAAUGUUUUAAUUUCUCAAACUGUUCCAUUAAAGAUAAAUCAUGAAUGUUUAGAUACACAAGGCUCACAAUCUCCUGUUGACUCUUGUUCUACUUCCCUUUGCAAACAAUCCUUUUUUGAUUUUGUUCCCGUCAAGCCCUUCUCAUCCUCACCUUUCGACAUAGAUGCAGUCUUCUCCCAACACAGUGGCAAGGAUAUAUUGAUUCCAGUUUUUGAGAAUGGAGAAUUGUUGAAAGACUAUACUCUAGAGGAAGUACGAAAACGCGCCGAGUUGGGCUCGGAUGACAUUGACGUUUUCAAGUUUUUAAGUGAAGAAAAAUCUUAGUUUUAGAUAGUACUGUAGUUGAUCGGUUGUUAUGGUUGAUUAACAGUUACACUGUUUAGUUACUUAAAAAAUACUACAUCAUGGUGCAUUGGACAAAAUAUAGUUAAGUCAAAUAAACAAAGCAAAGUUCAUAUUGUGAGUUGCAUGCAGGAGUUAAUUGCAAAUAGGAGUUGUAGCAGUGUAAGGGUUAAUGUACACCAAAUGAUUUUUUAUACUGAGAUACAUCUUUUUAAAUUUUGGAAUAUCUGAUGCAAGAUUGUGCUGACUUUUUGAGUGAAUAUAGUAUAAAUAGUGCACUAUAUUAACAGUAUAAUAUCAACGAAGUUGAGGCUUGGGAGGAAUGAGAAAAAGAAUAAUUAUACUUCUAUAUUUAGUUCAACUUGUAAACCGUAGUCUCGGUUAUCACAUUACCUCAGGUUUUAAGAAUAGUCAUAUUUGUAUUUUGUAAAUCUUUAUUGUUUACUUCUAUACCAUAAAGCACAAGAUGCUAUAUACAGUCCUUCAAGUUUAUUUGGGAUAUAUACAUUAGAUCCCCAAUUGUUACAUAUUUUACAUCUUCAAAUGCAUAUUCACACAAUCAACAUAUGCAGCACAGCAUUAUAAUUUGCAAGCUAGCAUUUUUAUUUUUAUGAACUGGAGAAAUUCCUAAAGAGUUUGAGAAAAAGCAUAGUUGAAAAUUAAUAAAAGAAAACUUAUCACUAUAUAUUUUCUUUGACAUAGUGUAUCAGUGUCUGUAUGCGCUGCUAAGACAGUACAAUAACAGCACCUAAGUUUAUUAGAUUUUCAGGAUUUAAAUGUUCAAUGCAAAUACAAGAAAAGCAAUUUACAUUAUUCUGCUGAGCUAACAAAUUUCUUUCCCAUAAAUUCUUAAUAAACAAGAGGCAAGCUUGAUAGUUCAAAUUAUCACAGUGUAAACUAAAGUUGAUGUAAUGUUUGUAAAGUUGUAAACUAAAAUUUUUUAGUUAAGAGGUGGUGGGAUGAUAGUAAUCUUACUCCUAACCAAAGAGCACAAGCUCCUUAUAUUUUAAUAAUGAUCAUUUCGUCGGGAACAGGCACACCGUAUAAGCAUAUACGUUAGGUUUGUAUCGAGGCUUGUAUACAAGGUCAAGAACAUUGUAUUAAAGUCCCAAUGGGUCAGACUAACGACCCACCCCAGGAUGCAACUCUACAACAGUUGACUAACUCCCAGGUACCAGUUUAGCGUUUGGUGAGGCAUUUGAUGAAAGGAGUCCUAGCUCCAAAGAUUUGAAGUCCCAGCCAUGUCUUUCCCACCUAGAAAUCGAACCCAGGAUCCCCAAUUGCAGGUUUAGAAUGUACACAGCUGUACUACAUGACAUAAGAAAAGUCAUAAAUGUGCACAAAUUUUCAUCACUUUCAUUUUGUAAUUUGCAAAAUCAUAAAGCAAAUAGUGGAUGCCAAUAACUAUGGUUAUAUCAGUCAUUACCCAGUGGGCACAAUAUUCAAGAGUGGCUCUGGUUAAACAUUGAAUCAAUGCUAAUUCAAUGCUGAAUCAACAUUGUUUGCAUUGAUUUGGAGUCAAAUUGGUGUUGCUCUUGGAUAUAAUGCCCAGUGGGUAGAUGUAGAUGGAUUAGAUUCACAAAUGACUGCUCUGAUACUGUUGAGCAUGUAGUGCUAAUUGUACUUACAGUUUUUAAUACAUUAUGUAGUUGUAUAAUUUUGGAUAAUUUUAGAAUAAGUUAUUUUAUUAGUGUGGCUGAAAUAUUGAAGAUUGAAAAGGGAAAGGAUUCACAUGCCAUAUAUUAGGCUGCAAAAGUCUAAAAGAGAAGUCAGUUGUUUUGAAAAACUGUGAAUUGGGUUUCACUGAAAAAUGACAUUGCAUAGUCUACUUUGUUUCACAUCAGCAUAGUUUCUUGUUAGGAAUGUAUUAAAUUAUCAAAAUGUUUUUCCUUCAGCGUUUCUUGAACACGUCAUAUAACUAUUUUCCCCCUUUUUUUCUUGAAUGCGAAUUUUGUUCUCUGGUUAAUUAUAAUGCUUUAAUUUUGUUUGCUUAUUGUAUAAAAUGAUGUAUGGUAUAAAUUAUUAACAGAAAACAGUAAAUACAGGUAUGCAGAAGACAUGUGACAAUUCAAACUGUCAUUUAGUGAGAUGGUGUGAUGUCAUUUAGUGAGAUGGUGUGAUGUCAUUUAGUGAGAUGGUGUGAUGUCAUUUAGUGAGAUGGUGUGAUGUCAUUUAGUGAGAUGGUGUGAUGUCAUUUAGUGAGAUGGUGUAAAGUCCAUUUAGUGAGAUUGUGUGAAGUCCAUAUAGUGAAAGAUGCUGGGAUGUCAUUUAGUGAAUGAGGGUGUGAUGCCCUGCAAGUUAUAUUCAGAUGGGAAGGUGUUUGGAGAGGCAACUUGUCAUUAUUUACUAUUUGGAUAGUACAUUCCUUACACUAAAUAUUUUGGAUAAGGCUUCCAUAUUCAAUAUUUCGGCCAUUUUUUUUAAAUUUUAUUGCCAGGCUUGUAAUAAUAGACAAUGCUGUAGAAAUUAAGAUUGUUGCAUGUUCUUAAGUUUUACGCCUGUAUCAGUUAUUAUAUCUUCCAUAAUUGCCACAUCUUUUUAAAGUACUUAAAAAUUGCAGCAAUGCUGUACAUGCUUUUAAUUUUUAAAUGUAUGAAUCGGUUACUUGAGGACACGGUUAUUUUCUAUUUAGGAAGUUCGUAACUGCCACUACUGAUUACACACAGAAAUCACAAUAGCGUGAUGCAUCAAUGAACAAAUCCACAAGGGGCGUGACGCUAGGGCACCCUUCGAGAAUGCAGAAAGUUCACCACCUGUUACACAGUAUGCUAUGUUGAAAAGUUGCAAUGUAUAAGUUGACUGAGUAAAUACCAAAUGGACACUUUGUAAUUUAAAUGCAAUUUUGUGCAUCAGCAUAUAAAAAAAAUUUUAUGGUGUGAUUUAAAACUUAAUGUUACUUCAUUGCUUGAAAUAUUAAGCAGGUUUACAAACUAAAGCUUUUGAAAAUUUAUUUAUAUUACUUUUCACAAGUCUCUAUAACAGCAUUGUAUUAUUUAAAUUUACAUUUAUCAAAACUAUUGGACCUCGUACUGUAAAGUGUCCUUAAUAGGUAGUACUGUACUGAAAUCAUUUUAAUUCUGCUGCAUAUUUUGAACUAUUGUGUGUUUGCAAUUGUAAAGUUCUACUGGUAAAUUGUUUUGCAUUUAAUUAAGUGUAUACAGUUGUGUUAAUGAGUGAAAUGUUGCAUACCAUGGAUAAUCAUACAAUUUUUACUUUACACCUUUUUACAUUUUAUAGAAAAGCAAUGCAUGAAUGAAUACUAGAAUAUAUUUAUAUUAUUAAAUUUGUGUAUAAUACAUAUGUAUCAUUUGGACAAAUGAUAGUGAAUGUGUUUCUCUCAUACACAAUUCACAAACAUAAAAAUGAGGGCAUUAAAUUUGCUAUAUUAAUUAUUUAAGAAUUUUCAUAUAAAGCAAUAUAUUGUUUUUAAUUAUAAAUUGAACCAAUAAAAUCUUUCCUUGUCCUUAAUACUUCUGGUGACUCGGAUACUUUUGAUAUCGUUCACCUUAUGCGUUUCUGUUCUCGUAUUGGCAUCCUUGGUGAUAUUUAGCGCCCUCUGAUUAUCCCGCACAUUUGAUGGUGCUACACAGCCUUCCCGGUUUGGUGUCUUCUUUUUGAUAAUUACUUGUCCUUAAUACAUAUCAGUAGCCUAUGCCAUUCAUAAGCAGUAUCCUUUGAAAUUUAAUUUGCCAAUGGCAACCAAAUUGGUUGUGACACUUGUGUAGGGUUAGGGUUACACUUGCUAUAUAAGCAAGACCUGAAAUUGGACUUAGUGUGGAGUUAGCACACUCGUAUAUGCAAGAGGACCUGGAAUCAGACCUAGGGUUGGGUCAGUAAACUCGUAUGUGCAAGAGGACCUGGAAUAAUGCCCUAGGUGUGGUAGAAUAACUGGGCACUGUUCCUUCCCUGUGUACCCAACAGGAACCUGGGACCAUGAAGGUUUCAAAGAGUACAGUAAUGUAAUUUAAUUUACAAAUAUUUGCAGACCUUUGUCUGAUUGUGACUUUUCUAAAAAGUCAACCAAUGUAGCUUAUUUGUUUCAAUAACUUUGGCAGAUUGUUUCACCCAUCCAAAAAAUCUAUUGUUAAAUCAGCUCAUGCCUAUCUCUUAACUAAAUCUAAAUUUGUCUAAUUUGAACUGAUUGGUGAAAGAGAUAGUCACAAAGUGGGUUCAGGAAUUAAACCAACAUAUUCGUUUAGCUAAGUAAGCUGAAAUAUUGAUGAACUAGUAACAAUUUAUGUAUUUAAGCUUGUAUCUUUUUUUUUCCUUCACAUCAUUUACUGUAUAUUAAAUCUCAUUUUUGGGAUAGAUACCUCGGACCAUGUGUUGAAACUCGGUUAGGUUAGUCUGCAUCAUGUUUUCUCAAGCUCACAUUUAAUCAGUUAAUUACUAUUGAGAGCAUGAGCAAACAGUGAAUAUGCAAUACUUAGCCCAGGGCAUGAACCCUGGGCUUCUUGCUUAUGCUUGCUUCUCUCUCUCUACAACCACUUGGGCUGGGAAGUAGAGUGAUGGUCUUGCUUCAAGCAGGUCGGUGUUCAAUCCCCAACCGUCCAAGUCAGUGUCUGUCUCGCAUACACACACACCAUUCUGCCAUUUAGGGCAAACCUUUGCUUUGUUUUAACCGUUGUUUAAUACAUUAUUACAUGUUU